AUGGCUGCCUCCACCCUGUCCGUCUGCUCCAGCGACCUCAGCUAUGGCAGCCGGGUCUGCCAGCCCGGUGCCUGGGACUCCUGCCCCGACUCCUCCUGGCAGGUGGACGACGGCCCAGAGAGCUGCUGCGAGCCCCCGUGCUGCGCCCCCAGCUGCUGUGCCCCUGCCCCCUGCCUGACCCUCGUCUGUACCCCUGCCAGCUGUGUGUGCAGCCCCUGCCAGGCAGCCUGCACCAGCUUCUGCACGCCCUUGUGCUGCCAGCAGUCUAGCUGCCAGCCCUCAUGCUGCACCUCCUCCCCCUGCCAGCAGGCCUGCUGCAUGCCCGUCUCCUGCACCCCUGUCUGCUGCACCCCCGUCUGCUGUGUGCCCGUCUGCUUUGGGGCCUCCCCCUGCUCAGACGUCUCCUGCUGCCAGCAGUCUAGCUGCCAGCCCUCCUGCUGCACCUCCUCCCCCUGCCAACAGGACUGCUGCGUGCCCGUCUCCUGCACACCCGUCUGCUCCAAGGCAACCCCCUGCCCAGCCCCCUCGUGCUGCCAGCCCAGCCCCUGCCUCCCCUCCUGCUGCAACCCCGCCUCCUGCCAGCCCAGCUGCUGCCACCCGGCCUCCUGCGUGUCCCUGCUCUGCCGGCCUGUGUGCAAACCCUCCUCCUGCGUGCCCUGCCAGGCGUCCUGCUGUGUGCCUGUGAGCUGCAGACCUGCUGUGUGCACACCCGUGAGCUGCCAGUCAGCUCUGUGCACACCUGUGAGCUGCCAGCCAGCUGUUUGCACACCCGUGAGCUGCCGGCCAGCUGUGUGCACACCUGUGAGCUGCCGGCCAGCUGUGUGCACACCUGUGAGCUACAAACCAGCUGUGUAUGUGGCCCCCUCCUGCCAGUCCUUCGUGCGUGUGCCUGUGAGCUGCAAGCCCACCGUGCUUGUGUCUGCCCCCUGCCAGUCCUCCGGGUGCUGCCAGCCGUCCUGCCCCACCCUGGUCUGCAGACCCAUCUCCUGCAGCUCCCCUUGCUGCUAUUGACCGCGAGUCCCUUCUCAGCUGCAUCAGUGCAGAUGGAUCCACACCUGUAGCCCUCCCACAACGAGUCCUCUGUGGGCCUCCAGCUUCUGCACGUGGCAGAUGGAAAGCGUGCUCACCGACCCCUCUGAACUCCAGGGUGAGAAUGUGGCCGGAUGAUCUGGAUCCCUCCGCGACCUGCCCAUCCCCUUAGGGAAGCCCUGGCUCCCAGGGUCCUUCUCUGUCUCCAGCAGGAAACCAGCCCCCAUGUGAGCCAAAUAAAUCGUGCUUCUCAAUGCA